AUGCAGGCAAUGGAAACGUUGGUGAUAACAAAAAGAACGGCGAUGAUGAACAUGAUGAAGGAAGAAGGCGUAAUGAUGAGAGAUAUGAGCGAGCAAUGCAAUGGCUUACUUGAACGUCAAGAUGACCAUGUUUAUGGCGAGACUCGCACACAAAGAGAGGCGGCGGCACUGAAAAAACAGUCGUGCAGUUCCAACGAAACCUCGCGACCGUCGUCGAGGACUCAGAGCAUCGACUCUCGAUACCACCGAAACAGCACCUGCAGCGCCAACAGCAACCUCAUCAGCUCCUUGAUCGACAAGGCGGCCGCUGCCGUGGUGAAUGGAGGCAGUUGUGGUGGUGGUGGGGGAAGUAAUGGAAGUAACAGCAGUAAGAUGAGAAGGAAGAAAAUUCUCGUUCCUGCGGUUUUCGAUAUUCCUGGCAUUCAAAUCAGCCGCAUAGAGACCAUCGACCUCGACGAUGCCUCCGACAAAAGUGGCCAGCGAACGCUGGAGCUGGUAGUUGGCGGUCGUUCGAACAAAAACAAAAAAGAUUCCACAGCAUCGAUCAGCUCUGUGGGAUCAACCACAGCCAACCACUACCACCACAACGGUCGACACUACCACCAGCAAAACGGAUCGUCAUCUUUUUCCAGGAAAUACAUCAUCGUCAAGAGCAGCGAUGCUUCCAGUGACUAUUCCAGAUUUUCUGAUUAUUCAUUAGUCGAAGCCAUGAGUCGUAGCAGAAGUAGCAGAAGCAGCCGCGAUUCAAGCAACUUCAGUGGCUCACAGAAGUUGUACGACAUGUCUUCAUCACCGUACAACUCUCAGUUGGAUAUUGAUGACAAUGAUGAAGAUGACAACGAAAAUAACGAGAAAAACAAGAAAAGUCAUGGCAGAGAUUAUUCACUCUUAACUCCCAGCAUUCCUAGAAAAGGUUCGGUCGUAACGUUCGACGUAUCUGAUUCAAAUGUGCGCCGACAUUCAAGCCCCGUCCCAUCGUUGAGACGCAAAGACCUGACGGAAGCAGGAAGUCGCAAGUUGGAGGAAGAUGAAGCAGCCGCUCGUCAGGACAAUCAAAGAAACCAGAUAACAGAAAUGAGCAGCAUGUCCACACCUCCCAGCACCAACCAGCGAUACGUGACCACCAGCAGCCACAAACCUCACCUGCUCACUGCUGCUCGUCACAAAUCCUCCAGCCAAUCACAGACUAGAAAAAGAUCAUGUGACCAAUCUUUGCCUACUAUUUUUAUAACGCCUAUUGCCACAAGCGGAAGCACUGUAUCUCAUGAAGCUGCUCCAACAGCAGAACACCUGCCCAUGACGUCAUUGAGGGUCUCGGACUCUUCGUUACAUUCCGAGCAGAAAAUUUCAAACACGCCUGAGAAAGAAGAAAACAAUAAAAAACUUGAGUUUGAGACAGAUGUCACUAACCUUAAUAAUUCAUUCAACGUACAUCAUCACACAGUUUCGAACGAGGAUCUCUGUUGCGAGGUGACACGAGACACCGGCUCAACACCUACCGCACCAGCACCGAGCAUUAGCUCGCCAUCAUCCACAAAAUGUUCAUUCGGUCGAAAGUAUGGGGUGUGGUCUCCAGAGACCGACUCACAUUCAUGCUGUUUCUCAAUGCAACAUCAACAACAACCACCUACAACAUUCCAACAGCAUCGCAAACCGCAACAACACUGCUACAGGAAAUCAUCCUUGAAUUUACAGUUCGGACAACAUGAAACUAAACCAAGAACAAGUCAGUCGAUAAAAAAACCGGCAAGAAUUUCAUAUCACAGUGAUAUUUUCCCUCAUCUGGAAAACGUCGAAACCAGUUACACACCGACCAACUUCACUGCAGGUGCAGACUCUGGCAAAAUGAUCAACAUUGCUCAACUGAAGGAAAAGACGAGUCCCCGAUACAGUGCAAGCAGCAGAAGCCAGUCUUCAAAGAGUUUGCACAGAGGCCUGCGAAAGGAAAGUGCUCACGUUGGCAGGAACUUUUCUGUCAAACAGAAAAACAACAACCACAAUGAUGAUAAAAAGAACGAUGACGCUGAAAGUAAGAUUGGAAAACAUGAAGGCUAA